UUCCAACCUGAGCACGCAGCGAUACGCGGCGGACUCGGAGUACUUCCACACAUUCGCGAACAGUUACAUUCUCUCCUCCGCGCGGCUCAGGACCCGUAUGAAUGUUCUCGAGGACUUGUGUCAAGACCGGCCGAGCCGUCUGUACGAGUCAUUUCCACGGCUCAAGACUCCUCGCAUCCGCAAACCGCGACGCCAUGCAUAGCAUUACAUCCGGUGGUGCUAGAGAGUCAUCUCAUCUUCACGUCUCUCGGCAACUGUUCCGAAGCCCAGGAUCGUCCAUGGAUGCCGUGACCCUCGGUGUGGUUAACGAGUUCCACAAGUCUGUUGCGGAUGGUGACAUCAAUGCGAUUCGUAGGGACUUCAGUGCUCUGAGGUUACUGGUCAACCCAGUGCUGAAUAAGAUGCUUGCCGGGGCCGUCAGGAUAGAGGACUUCCAAACUGCUCUCGAGAUUUUCGCAGAUUCAGCAACCGUUCGCGACAUCAGCCUGAUGAAGGACAUCUUCUCCUUCGUUCGCGACUUGUCCGACACAGAUGACAGGUCUCAGCUUCAUGACGCAAUUUAUCGGAGACUAGUUGGGCAUGGCUUUCUCCGUGCUGCCUUCAACUGGCUUGCAGAAGAACCUGUACAAUGCACACCUACUCAUUCUCAAUGGGACUCUCUCAUCGACUUGUGCAUUCAGCAUUGGAAUCUCCAAGUCUUGUUCUCAGCGUUGGAGAUGAUGAGCAGAUUGGGUUGUCCCCCGGUGCAUGCCACUUACGAGAACAUUUUAACGACUUUGACCGGCCAUGGUAUCACCCUUCAAUUUCGAACCUUGUCCUUGCUCUUUAGGGACAUGAAGAGAGCGGGUUUGAAAUAUAAUCCCAACAUGCGCAGCAUUCUACAAAACCACUAUCGCAGGUUCGGUUCGCAUGGGCUUGCUGCAGAGGCAGAGCAAGUCUAUGGGAACAUCUGUGGCAUUCAGGAUUGUUCGCCGCUGCCUACGUCUUCAUCGUCGGGUUCAGGGUCAUCUGAAGGACCGAAGACGGACACGGACAGGAACAUGCAGUUGGGCAGUAUCGCGGGGGAGAAGGGGAAGUGGUCCGCUGUAGGGCUUUACGAAAACUACAAGAAGGCUAAGUUUCUUCCCUCUCAAGAAACACUGCAGUGCGUGUUGGGUAGAAGCGACAGCAUCCAGGAUCUCAGGCGUUGGGAGAACGUAUUUCUUCUUCGGGCAGAAGCUCCUGCUUGGGCGCAACUCAUCCGCAACUCAAGUGCAAAAGGCAAUGUCAAACAAACCAUCGCAAUUUACAAAGAAGCCCUUUCCACAUUGGUUCAUCCAACCGCUGCAAUGCUGCAUCCGGUUCUCCGAGUGCUUUGUUCAAAUCGGCUCAGCACACCUACUGAUUCCGAAAUCCGUCAUGCUCUCGACUUGUACGCACAGUUCAAGGAUCAACUCAAUACGGGUGCAGAUGAGGACGCAGGAUCCAAGAAAGGCUCUUCCCGAAAUUCUUUGACACCAGACGCUCCCAUCUUUAAUACCCUCUUGCGCGCGCUUUCAUCUUCCUCUAACAUGCAGGAAUUUUUCCCAGUAGCAUCAUCGUUGCUUGAAGAGAUGGAAUCGCUCAAUGUCACCAUGGAUGCGAUGACGACCACAUCCCUCAUUGUACUCCUCAUGCGGUGUUCUCCCUCUUACCUUGAGGCCUUCGAAAUGUAUCGUCGCAUUUCCCGUCCCGGCGAGGGCCUUUCGAUACUCGACGAAGAAGGGUUCGUUGCUGUUUUAGCUGCGUUCUGCAAGUUGUCUGUCAUCAUCGGGGGGAUCCCUCCGACGGACCUGUACUUCAGCAUCGUCAAGGAUAUGCGAAAGGCAGGUUAUUUGAUGAAUGCAAAAGUCUACACCAUUAUGCUCCAACAGCUGGCUACCUUGGCGACGAAGAUUUUACGUGAAAAGGACAGUGAUGAUCAAGCCAGGAACUAUAGACUCUUGAUCGACACUAUUCAGCGAGUCCAUGACUUCUUGGUCCUUGAUCCAUCCAUAAACCCCGAUGUCGCCCUGUGGAAUCAGUUGAUGGACACUUACCAGCGUGCACGGUGCUACACCGACGCGUUCCGCGUGUGGGACAUGUUAACGCGUUCGAAACAGAUAGACAACGCUAGUGUCAGCAUCAUCCUCGACGCUUGCGCAUAUUCCGGCUCGUACGGCCUCGUCAUGAGGUUAUGGGACAGCUUGACCAGCGAACGGUUCCCGCUCAAUCAAGACAACUGGUACAAUUGGCUGGAGUGCCUUUGUCGCCUCGGCAAGCUCAAUGACGCACUCAGGACUAUGUGUCUCGAGAUGCCGAAUGUAGGACCUGGUAUCAAGCCGGACGAGAAAUGUGCCAAACUAGUCAUCAAUUUCGCUUCUCGUACGAACCAAGAGGAAGAGAUUCGUAUGCGUAUCAAGACCUAUCUGCCAGAUCUGUGGAUGACGUUGCUGAAAAGCGAACAGUCGUGA